AAAGUUUUCCUUUUUAUUUAUUCUCCACCUCAUCUUCCAUCUUCUCCUUCUCUGAAUGAGGUUCCAUGGCGGAGCUAUAGAGAGAGAGAGAGAGAGCUCUAAAGAGAAAGAGAAAGAGAGAUGGGAAGAGCUGAAGAUAGACUAAGUGAGCUCCCAGACACAAUAAGGCUACAAAUCCUCUCCUUGUUGCCUCGCAAGCAAGCAAUAAGAACAAGCAUCUUAUCCUCCAAAUGGAGACACUUGUGGACCUUUCGCUGGCCUUACUCUACUACUCUUGAUUUCUCACACCCUUUAUCAUCCCUUAAAACUACUGAUGACUUUGUUCACAAUGUCAACCAAGUUCUUCAACUCAGAGGACACAAAAAGGUUGAGCUUUUCCUGCUUUCAUUCCACCCUCAAACUCAACACCACAUGUCCACUGUUGUUAGAUGGCUUGAAUAUGUUGUCUCCAAUGGAGUUGAAGAGCUUUUUCUUGAUCUCCAUCCUUCUUCUUCUUCUUCUUCUUCUUCUUCUUCUUCUUCUUCUUCUUCUUCUUCUCAUGAACAACAGAGAUCUGUGCCUUUUGUCUUGCCAGAUUGCUUGUUUAAUGGAGAAAAGUUGAGUGUUUUAAGCUUGAAUCACUGUAAUUUUGGUGUAAAUUCUGAGUUCAGGAAGCUUAGAUUCUUGGAAACUCUUUGCUUGACUAGUGUUGGGAUUACUGACAAGAUGUUAAUGGAUUUCAUUGAGAGCUGUCCUUUUCUGCAGAAACUGGAUUUGAGGCAAUGUAAUGAGUUGAGAUCAGUUAGAGUUUAUAAGGAUGGAUUGAAGUUGAAGAGCAUGGUGAUGGUAGAUUGUUUGAGAGCUUAUCAAGUAGAGAUUUCUGCGCCGGAACUUCGGUCUUUCUGCUUCAAUGGUGAGUUUCUCAGAAGGUAUUUGUUCAGAAAUUUAGCUGCAUUGGAGGAUGUUGUGUUGAGCUCUGCAGGCAGGGACAUUGGUGGCUGCAUCACUGAUUGGAUGAAAAUUGUACCUUGUCUUACAAAUGUUAAGCUUCUCACUCUUUGCAGCAGGGCCAUUCAGUUUAUCGUGGUAUCAAAGAUUUCAAUUCCGACGGUUUUCAAUAAUCUGAAGGAACUGAGGAUGGAAAUGGAGUUGAUGACAGAAACAAAUCUCUCGGACAUAUAUGACUUCUUCAGAAAAUGCCAUUGUCCGAAUCUCGACCAAGUUUCAAUAGAGCUUCCGAACAACUGCUCUCGGGAUCCUUCACUGAAGAUGUUCCUGAAAGUUUCAGCAGAAAAACCGAUGGAUUGUGAACUCGGAAAGCUUAAGACAGUAAAGAUGAAGAGUUUCAAAGGGCAUAAGAAUGAGAUGGAGUUGGUGAGGUUCUUCUUAGAUAAGGCCCCAGAGUUAGAGAAUAUGUUUCUGUUCGCAUCUGAUUCGGAUUCCCGGUCUGCAUUUCAUAGCAUGAACUCACUGAAUUUUCGCGGAAAAGCAUCAGAUAAAGCAAAGAUCAUAAUGAUUGAUAAGAAUUUUGGUAUCGAAUUCCAAUUCCCGCUGGAAGAUGUAACCUGUUGAAUUGGAAGGUUAGUUUCUGAAUGUUGUGUAGUGUGUCAGUUAUGAGUUUUUUCACUGUUGAGUGGGUGAAAAAUUUAUGCUAAGUGAGCUUUUUUGGCAUAAUAGUAAUAUUUCAAUAAUAAAUUAUAAGUAUUUAAUUUGUUUGA